AUGAAGAUUAUUUGUUGUUUAUUAUUAUUUAUUCUUCUGAUUAAAUGUACUGAAGCGAAAAAAGCUCAACGUAUUUAUGUAGUUGUACGAAAUGCAACAAGUCCUGGAAAACCAAUGUAUGGAUUUAGAGUAUUCGAUUCAAAAGAAAAAACAUGUUUAUAUCGAAUAAGAAUUUCGUCGAGGGAUAUGGAUAGUGCUAUACUUGUUGAUAAUUUUGAAAAGAACAUAAUGGCUAAUCUUGAAGGUAUAUGGAUAGAAAACUUAGUUAACGUUACAUUUUCUCUUUAUGAUUCAAAGUUACAUAAAUGGACAGACGGAUUUAUACAAAGAAAUGCUCAUAUGUUUUCUACUGAUUACACAGUUCAAUUUAAUAAACAGCAAUUAAUUGCAAAAUUGAGCAACUUUUCGAAAAACGUAAAAGUUUAUGAUAAAAAGUCAAAUGAAUUAUUAGCUCAAUUUCAGUCUCGUGCUCGAUUGUUGUUUUGGAAACCGGUCAAAUAUGAUUUGAAAAUCUAUUCAAAUCAGGUACCGAAUGCUAUUUAUUUUUUCUUAGUAUUAAUUAUGGAUCAUCGAGGUUUGGCUGGCGACAAUUAA